UCUUUUCUACAAAUUCAACAUUCAAUUAAUGGCUUCGGGUUACCUCACUCGUAAGGAAACGGAGGUAAAGGUUGCUAUGGCUAGGCGGGUGAAGAACAAAACCCCAGCCCCAAUCCAAAUCACGGCGGAGCAAAUCCUCCGAGAAGCUAGGGAGCGUCAAGAGGCAGAAAUCAGACCGCCCAACCAGAAAAUCACUGACCAAACAGAAGUAGCUGAUUACCGUCUUCGCAAGCGAAAGGAAUUUGAAUCCUUAAUUAGCCGUGUAGGCUGGAACAAGAAUGUGUGGGUGAAAUAUGCUGAAUGGGAAGAAUCACAAAACGACUUGAAGCGUGCUCGUUCUAUCUGGGAACGUGCGCUUGGAAUUGAUGCACUUAACCGUGACCAUACCAUCUGGUUGAAGUAUGUCCAUAUGGAGAUGAAGAAUAAGUUUGUUAAUCAUGCUCGCAAUCUAUGGGAUCGAGCUGUUAUCCGUUUGCCUAGGGUUGAUCAGUUGUGGUACAGGUAUAUUCAUAUGGAAGAGAUGCUCGGCAAUGUAACUGGUGCAAGAGGGAUUUUUGAGAGGUGGAUGGGGUGGAUGCCGGACCAGCAAGGGUGGUUGUCUUACAUUAAGUUUGAGUUAAGGUAUAAUGAAAUAGAGAGGGCAAGAGAAAUUUUUGAGAGAUUGGUUCAGUGUCAUCCGAAAGUUAUUGCUUGGAUUAGGUUUGCAAAAUUUGAGAUGAAGAAUGGGGAGAUAGGGAGGGUAAGGAAUUGUUAUGAGAGGGCUGUGGAUAAGUUGGCAGAUGACGAUGAGGAAGCUGAGCAGUUGUUUGUGGCAUUUGCAGAAUUCGAGGAAAAGUGUAGGGAGACGGACAGAGCAAGGUGCAUAUAUAAAUUUGCACUUGAUCACAUACCGAAAGGGCGAGCUGAGGAUUUGUUCAGCAAGUUUGUGGCAUUUGAAAAGCAGUAUGGUGAUAGGGAAGGUAUUGAGGAUGUUAUAGUUGGAAAAAUGAGGUUUCAAUAUGAGGAUCAAGUAAAGAAGAAUCCACGUAACUAUGAUACGUGGUUUGAUUAUAUCCGUCUAGAAGAGCGCAUUGGAAAUAAAGAGAGGAUUAGAGAGGUUUAUGAGAGAGCCAUUGCUAAUGUUCCUCCUGCUGAAGAGAAGCGGUAUUGGCAGCGAUACAUUUACUUAUGGAUUAAUUAUGCAUUAUAUGAAGAGCUUGAUGCACAAGAUAUGGAAAGGGCCAAACAUGUUUACAGGGAGUGUCUUAAGCUGAUUCCGCCACAAGUUCUCAUUUGCAAAGAUUUGGUUGUUGGCUGCCCAGUUUGAGAUUCGGCAGUUAAGACUCAAGGAGGCACGACUUUUUCUUGGAGAAGCUAUUGGUAGGGCUCCUAAAGACAAGAUAUUU